UCACAAAGAAAUUAUUUUACCAGAAUACCAGAGCUCAAGGAGACACAGUUAAAAGUCAUAGGAAAGCCGACACCACCAAUACUAACUCAAUAUACAAUCUACUGAAUCAGUAGAGCACCAUAUAUUAGAUAGAAAUUGUGACGCUAACAUGACGGCACAGCACAUCAUACGCUUCAAAAGCUCACAAAAAACUUGUUCGGCUGAGCAAAAAAGAUGAAAAAACAUCUUGCAGCASCUUUAAGGCCCGUUUUUGAAGCGCAACUUUCGCACGACGAUCGCCACUUUGCUACCGCGCAUCUCAAAUCAUACGUGUACACAGCUCUGCGAUUAUCGUGGUGAUCGAAGUUGCAGCUAAAUUUUAAGCAUGUUCGAAACUCAGGCGAUUGUCGCACUAAAGUGUAAACGGGUGUUUAGGUCGAUGUUACUUUCAAAUACUCGCCAUGUUGAAGGAUAGCCUGCCUUUAUUGCAUAGAAUGAGGCGACUAAUAGGCGUGAAAUAUAGGUUUUUACAAGCUCAUCAGUUGUUUCGACUACGAUUCAAAGAGAAUCAAGUAUCAUGGCCUCGGUAAACUUGGACGAGAUUAUGCAAAUUCAAUGUUAGCUAAGCACAGUUAAUAAAUCAUUAGGUUAUAUAAGUACUUUGAGCUGGUGCAGGUUGGGUGACCCACAGAUUCGCGGUGACCCACCUGUAAAAGUUAUUUUACGCAAAAAAAUCCAAUUACACGAAGCUCAGAACUGAAGAAACUAGAAUUACGUUUUAACACCAAGAGCAAAUAAUUCUUUUUCUAUGUUGUAGCUCUUUUGAGUGAAUAGACGCAUCAUUUUGUUAUGAAGUAUGUUUGUUCAGAAGAUAAGCUAAAUAAACAUAAACCAAAUCUAAUAUUCAUAUUUUUUUUUGAAACUGUCAGCUCAAUUGAUUCUUUUAUAUKACAUGUGACAUUAUCGCACACCAGAACAAUAGCAACCAAGUUAAGUUCGCCAAGGUAGUUAUAAUUGCAGUUUCAUGAUCUUUCAUUAUACCACUGAUUCUGAAGACACCGAGAAUCACGUCAAUAAGCAGACAACCCAUUCAACAUGGAAAAUAAAAUUAGAAAACGAGUAUCAGAGAAAAAGAGGUACAUUGACAGUGAAAGUACCAGUCAAGAGACUWCAAAUCAAACACWACCCUYUCCUUCCAAGGGUGAAAAGUCUUCCUUCGAAUCGUUCCUAUGUCAACCAGUGAAUUCUCUAAAUCUGAAUUUCUUUCGAGCUGCGUUCGGGUUUUUGAUGUCCUAUCAUCAAUUCCGUGCCUUAUUUUGGCAAGGUGUCAUCGAWGCCAACUUCUUUUUCGCAGAGAUAAACUUUCAUUAUUUUUUUGCCAGAGGAAUUCCAACUCUUCCAGCCGCGCACUUACAAACGGUCUUUCUUAUUUCAGCUAUUKCAGCCUUUUGUAUGGGAAUCGGACUUUACUACCGGGCUUCCUGUGCCACAUUCCUCGUGACAUAUACAUAUUUGAAUUUACUGGAAAAAACUCGCUAUAACAAUCACUACUAUCUGUACAUACUGAUAACCUUAUUCUUUCUCAUAACCGAUGCCCAUAAAAGGCUUUCUGUGGAUUCCAUUCUCUCUCGGAGAUCUUCCACGAAUAUGACACAGGAAUCCSAAYUAGAUCCUCGUGUUCCCUACUGGAAUAUUYUUAUCUUCCGUUUUCAGUUGUUCAUAGUUUACUUUUAUUCAGGACUCGCAAAGCUGAACUAUGAUUGGUCGAUUAGGUUUGAGCCUAUGACAAUAUGGAGUUCUGGUGAGAGGUUUGCCACAUUUMGAAAAGCAGCAAAUUUGGUUUUACCUGAAUCAGAAGUGCUUAGUUAUCUUGGUUGUUUCUUCAGUGUUGGRGGCCUCUUUUUUGAUCUUUUUGUCGGGUUUUUCCUCUUGUCCUCUACUCUUCGUCCCYUAGGUUUCUUCAUWACUUUUUUCUUUCACUUUUCGAAUCACUUUUUGUUUCGUAUUGGAACUUUUCCUUGGGUAAUGAUGGCUUCCAAUGCGCUCUUUUUGAAUCCAGACACUCUGUCUGACUUUCUAAAAAGUGCCUGCAAAAAAGUAAAAGGCAUUUUUACAUUAUCGACUACUAGAAAGGCUARAGAUUCCUCCUCGCUAGAGCACAAAAAAGAACAAAAACCAUCCCCGCGCAUGUCUAAACCCUUAAAAGGUUUCCUCAUGACGUACUUUGUCAUUCAACUGCUUACCCCGUUUCGUCAUUGGCUGUAUCCAGGCAACGUGAACUGGACAAUGGAAGGUCAUCAGUUCAGCUGGAGAAUGAUGCUGAACGAGGAAGCAGUGAUAAUGAGGCUUGACGUCCAGACCAAGACACGAAACUACACCUUCGAGUAA